UGCUCCAGUGAGCACUGAACUUUGGACUCCAGCUGCGGGGUGAGGUAAACAACAGGACUAUAAAUACCAGCUUGUCGCUGUGGCUUUGUGGAGCUGCCUAAGGAAGCAGAGAAAGGAAGCAGCCAGUCAGAAGGGGCGGCAACAACCCCAGCAAUGUGGAGAAGCCUGGGGCUUGCCCUGGCCCUCUGUCUCCUCCCGUGGGGAGGGACAGAGGGCCACCGCCGAAGCUCCUUUUGUAAGCAGCCCCCAGCCUGGAGCAUAAGAGAUCAGGAUCCAAUGCUGGACUCCUAUGGUACAGUGACCGUAGUUGCUCUUCUUCAAGCCAGUUGAUACUUGUGCAUUCUGCAGGCUUCUAGAUUAGAAGACCUGCGAAUAAAGCUGGAGAAAGAAGGCUAUUCUAAUAUUUCCUAUGCUAUUGUUAAUCAUCAAGGAAUCUCUUCUCAAUUGAAAUACAUAUAUCUUAAAAAUAAGGUUUCAGAGCACAUUCCUGUUUAUCAACAAGAAGAAAACCAAACUGAUGUCUGGACUCUCUUAAAUGGAAAUAAAGAUGACUUCCUCAUAUACGACAGAUGUGGCCGUCUUGUAUCUCAUCUUGGUUUGCCUUUUUCUUUCCUAACUUUCUCUUAUGUUGAAGAAGCUAUUAAGAGCGCUUAUUGUGAAGAGAAAUGUGGAAACUGCUCUCUAACGACUCUUAAAGAUAAAGACUUCUGUAAGAAUGUAUCUUUGGCUGCUGUGGAAAAAACAACCGAGGCGCCACAUCCACAUCACCAUCACAAACACCACCAUGAGCCUGGGCAUCAGCAUGUUGGGAGAGAUCAGCUUCCAGAGAACCAGCAGCCAGGGACACCUGAUGAGCCUUUGCAUAUCCCCCCUCCAGGCCUUCAUCACCACCAUAAGCACAAAGGCCAUGAUAGGCAGGGUCACCCAGAGAGUUGAGAUAUGCCAGAGCUUCUACAAAAGAAGAUCUGACGAAAGGGGUGUAUAAAUCAGUUACUCUGUCAGUUACCCAGGGAUUCAGAGUUGGCUCCUAGGAGCUGAUGCUGACAUUGUCGACAUCUGAUAUUUGAAAAGACAGGGGCUGCAAUCACCUGACAGUGUACAGAAAACCUCCCAUCUUUAUGUAGCUGACAGGGACUCCGGGCGGAGGAGAAUGUCAUUGAAUCUUGUCAGUGACGUUUGCCUCCAGCUGCCUGACAGACAAGUCAGCAGCUCAGUCCCACAGAAGUCAGCACCAAUUGAAAAUGAAAUAAAAAGGCAGAAGAAUGAAAAUGACUCUCAAACUAAAUAUCUAAAUUGGAUAGACUCUUCCAGUCAGUCAAUUUCAUUUCCAGCAUUUAAACAAACUACUAAAUUAAUUAGUGAACCACAAAUAGAAAUUGGAUUGUUGCAAAUAUGAAGAAAUCUAUUAGAUUGGCUUCCACAUUUUAUAUUUUAUAUAGUAGGAAAUUUGACCCAAACCAUAUUU